CAACGAACGAAACAUGGUCACGUCGUCGGCACGACGAAUUGUCGUACUCGCACUGGGUGUUUUGGCAUGGACACUUGUGCCAACGUUGCUCCGAGUGGUGACCCACGUGGCGGUGGCGUUGGUCGCGUUUUUGAUUCUGGCGUCGGUGCAAUCCCUCAUGGAAAUGUCUCGCAUUGUACAUACUUCGUUGCUGUCGACCGCCGCCGCGGAAUUUUACUUCGGCCGUUUCGGCAGCUACGCGCCUUCAGCCAAGUUGCUCCACGUGGGGUUCCGUCCAGACUCGAUUCGACGGGUGCCCCCUUCAGCUUACUUGCACGUCACGUAUGGCUUGGACAAAAGUGUGGCCGAUGAAUUAGGCACACUCGUCAACAUCCUCGUCGCCGACUUUGUCACGUUCUGGUACAAACAGCUAACGACGGACGAAUUGUUUGCGUCGACCGUCAAGUUGUUGCUUUGUGAUAUCCUCGGGGGGCUCUCCGUGCGGGCGCGGCGAGCGUUUCACCUUCACGGCACGUUGUCCGCGGUCACGGAAAGCCUACAAGUCGUUCAGUUGCAGUUGGCGUGGUUCCGCGACCUCUACGCCGAGUUGUGCGACGAACACCCCCAUGCAUUUGGUGACGACUCGCAUCCAAGUCUGGAAUUGAGGCGGCGGCUACUGUUGGACGUAGUCGUGGGGCAACAUCAUUCCAAGUUGCACCCAGGGGCCCUCGACAGCUGUGCGUACCUCAAGCAGCUUUCGAUGAAUUUGCUCGCCCUUGUUCGCCCAGACUUUGACGACAAAUGCAACCCCCAGCAGUCGUUCGUGUCGUUUCCGUACCUGGCGUGGCAUUUUACCAGCGAAAUCCUCGCCCGAUGUGUCCUAACCCCCCUGCUUUCGUUCUGCAACCCCGAGCACUCCAACCCGUUGGUAGCGUCGAUGCUAGAACCGUUUCAAGUGCGCGAACUUGAGUUAGACACGAAAGCCAAGCGCCCCUUGGCCUCCUACACGGCCUCCCGCGCGCCAAAGUGCUCGUUCGACGACGCACAACUCGUGAACCACCUCGUGUCCCUCAUGGGGGAACUCGACUCGCCCGAUUCGUCAGGGCCACAGUUGCUAUUCCCACUUGUAUCAUCUGCGGAAACGGCAAACUCAACCACCGCUGGCACGUCGGCACAGAAACCCCCUCUGCCGCAAAAGUCCAAACACAAAAAGACACGAUCGCUACUAGACGUAGCGAAGAUGAAAGCACGAUUCUCGAAACGAUUGGCCAGCGACCGGUCAUCGACAGACUCAGCUGUGGACGUUAAUGAAUUCAGCAAGUACACCGACGACAACGGGGAUCUCCAGCAGCCACAGCACCAGCAGCCGUCGUCCAUCGGUCACGACAUCGUACAGCAAGUGGAUCACGCCAUUGGAUUGUACGUGGCGCUGGACCCCGCGACCCUGCUGACGAGUGGCCGCACGAAAGAAUUGCAUGGGCUGGUAUCGUCUCUCGAAGAAGUGCUCCUGUUUGGUUUCAAAGCAAGUGAACCACCACCCUCGUACUCGUCCACAACGCUGCCCCUGGACGACGCCUCCUAUUGGACGUAUCUAAGCCAACGACGACUGCAAACUGCGUUUUGGAACGAUCGCGUCAAGUUGGUCCAAUCGUUGCCAGUGCCGCGAGCAAGCGACGGUCACUUCUCGGCCCGAGGGGUACAAUGGUUGCUCUUGGCAUUGGAGGAAGGCGAACUGUGGGAGUACUUUACGGCCAUGGCGGUGGUGGAAUCGUCGGUGACCGAUUCGUUCUACGAGUCGUACGCAGUGUUGCGCGACAAAGAGCUGACUAGCAUCCUGCUGGCGGCGCUCUUUCGACUCAACGGCAUGCGCGUUGCCUUGCACCUUCAAACCCUAGGGCACGAUCGCCUCACGCUGUCGAAACAAAACCUACACUCCACGGAAACUCUUGCGUUUGGUGUGACGUUUGUCGUUGAAGAAGCGUGGGAAUGCCAACGGUAUUUGCCCCUACAAGGCUGGCUCAAGUCGUCGGACAAGCGCAAACGCGAUGAUGCUCGCCUUCCGACGUCAGAGUGGGUAUGGGAUGGUCCGUGGACGUUGGAGGAGAACCCUGAAAUCGAUGGCGAUGGUGGCAACGACAGCGACGACAACAUCGUGUCACGUAGUGAGACUGAAACCAGGAGCGGCUGGUUGUACUCGAAAACGUCCAAACACGUUGGUCUCCACGCCAAGGAAAGUCGCUUGGAUUGUGUGAGACGACGCAAAUGGCUACGACGGCGCAAAACGCUACCGCUUGUCCUCGUGCCAGCUGUCCAUCCCUUGCACGGGGUCAUUCACGAAGUCGCCCCGAGAUCGAAUCAGGACAAAGAACCCGCCGCGAGCCCCACGCCAAACGACAAGACAGCAGCACCCCUCCAGGACCGGACGGCUUGUCAGCUGUGUCAACGCCUAUCGAUGGAGGAUCGUUCAACGUUUACAUGCCCGCGUUGUGCGUGCAGCGUGUGCUUCUCAUGCAGCAAUCAUUGUGUAACAGACACAAACGAGUCGACACUGCGUGUUUGUGCAACUUGCUACGACGCAUAUGCAACGCAACUGCGACUGCGACUCACAGCUCGAGCCACUCGUGUGGUCGACCACACUAUGUCAGCGUCUGAUGUGACACGGUUUGACUUGCACGUCACGACAGGAGAUGGACACCACUGGACUGGACGCAAGUCGCAGGAGGACUUUGAUCUGCUCAAAGCCGCGCUGUGUGCCGAUCCUGACAUUGAUCCCAGUCACUUGACAACGCGUUCGUCACUGACGCGGUUACAUCCACAAGAGUCAGACGAGAGCAUGGUGAACCGGUUCCUGGAAGAGAUUCUGAAGAGCCAUACGAUAUGCCAGACCCACGCCGUCCAGCAAUUCCUUUUGGACGUCGCUGCAGGAGCUACUGCUGUUGAUACCAAGGACGAGUUGACCUCGAACAAGUCAACCAACAAUCAGUCGACUCGUCAAGGUCAAGUGCUGCUGCAGAAACUUGAAAUGCACGCCUUCAAAAUGAUGGAUGAAAUGUUUGAGCUGGAUGACAUGAAUCGCAUGCGGCGCAAACUCCUCUCGGUCACUCGAACGUUCAUUCGCGUGUCAUUCAACGCCACGUGUCACCGCAUUGUGGAGACUCAGUUCACGGAAUGGACCCACCCCAAACGCAUUGCCAGUUUACUGUUUGAUUUGCGAGCCACGGCGAUCCCGCCAGAUGGUGUGUACUUUCAAGCAAGUACACCGUCGACGCCAACAAAAGUGCAAGACCAAGCCCGCGCAUGUCGAUCGGCACUGUUUCGGACCUGCCCACCGGCAUUCGUAUCGUUGCUAGGCGAAAGCUCGGCCCGGCAUGGCUGCUUAAAGCUGUUUGAGUUCCUGCAGCAUGAAGUACUAGUGAAGAACUUGGUCUUCUCGUUAUUGGAUGUCCUUCUGUACAAGGUAUUUCCAGACAUGCCAUCGCUGAAGACAAAGAAACCACCCUCGGUCCCCCAGCCAACCUAAUUUAAAUUAAAUUGUGCUCGAGUUUG